UGAUCUAUCAAUGCCCAUGACGAUCCACCAAACUACUCAUGAUUCAUCACUGGUUGAACUUCCUUUACUAGCUGGAAAAGGCAGGGUAUUAAUGGUGAUAGUGGAUAAAAGAAAAUAAAAUAAACUAAGUAAGUGUAUCUGACACACCUUAUAAAGUCGGUAGAGGGUCCCCUUUCACCUUCUCUUGCUCUUUCUACACUGUAAAAAACCGAUAACUCAUGCUGUCUUGGAUUAUUACUGUUGGGCGACUUUUUAUCGGAUCUCUUUACACAAUGAAUCAAUCAAAUAUCCUUUCUGUAUCUCGAACAUACCUCAAAAUUUGAUGGCUUUUUUCCCUUUAAAUGUGCCGUAUCUUGAUUGAUUUGUCGGUACAUUUAUAUAAAAUAAACAUAUUAGAUCAGCCCGUCACUGAUCACAGCACAACAAACAAGCCUGAUAUUAAUCUGGAGGUAAAAGAAUCAUCAGAGACUGCAAUUUCUGUUUGUUUUUGGAUAAGGUGAAGAGGCGGGAGUUUAAGCAACAGACAAGACAAUAAGCUUGGCUUCUUUCAAUAGCCUGUCAGAUUCUGGAGGUUGGUGUAGAAUGAACAGAAUGAUAGAUGACCAUCUGGUUUGCUUGUGAGAUCUAAGCUGAUGGAGAAUCACGUAUUAACAGAGCCCAAUGCUUUCAAUACCUUAAUAGCUGUUUCUCCAAGUUUUUCUUCAGAUUCUUCAUCGGACUUGGACACUGAGUCAACUGGAUCCUUCUUCUACGACAAGAGCAUAACCCUUGGAAACCUAAUUGGUCUUCCACCUGAUUUGGCGGCGUCGGGUAGAGAUGAAGAUGGUCAAGAACAUCGACCCUCGGUGGUACCCAAAAGACACAAACGUAAUUCAAGGUGUAGAUCAUGGUGGGGUUUAUGCGGGAGUUGCUCAGGUGAAUGCAAUGAGAGCAAUAUGCCUCCAUCUCUGGGGCAAUUCCUGGAAGUGGAAAGGAGGGCAGCAGCCUCUAACAGAAGAGAGAAAUUGUACUUCAAUAUUAUGUAUGAUGAGUACACUGCAGGACAGAUAAACUCAGAAGGCCCCAAUGCGCUUUUUGCUAACGGCCAAAUCCUUCCUCCCCAUUCUGCUGAUCAUUUUUUCUCCGAGAAUAGAGAUCAAAGUAAUAAUCAUCCUGCUUGGGUACCAGCUGACUGGUUCUCUACUGAUGCUAAUUCAGGAAGAAGCUCUGAAAGAUCACCUGGUCAUCAUAGAAGCCUUUCACUGGGAUCAAGAGUGCCUACAUUCUUUUCUGGUAUCUGUGGUCGUACCAGUAUAGAAGCCUAGAAAUUUCUUUGCCUAUGCAGGCAAAUAACAGCUGAUUUUCUGGACAUAUGGAAAUGCUCAUAUCAUACACAGAUCAUAAUAAGCUGAUAAUCAACACAGUUUCAAAAUAUCCUCUGCUUGUACUGCAAGCUUCAGUAGGAGAGGAAUAAGUGAUCUAGAUUUAAAGUAGGCAUUUAGACUAUUGCAGAGUGGUGUGCAACUUCAGAGGUUAAGCUUCUGAGCAUCAUUAGGUCUUUCUUCUUCAGCAUUGUGUCUAAAUAAAUUCUACUGUUGUAUGAAAAGGCUUCAUAGCCAUAGUCAACAUUAUUGUAGCUCAAAGAGGAAUGCGAUCAAAGUGCCAGUCCCUAAUUCUCCAACAAGGAUCUGAUUGUAGAGUGCAAGUUUUAGUUUGUCAAUGUUUAGUCUUAGGUUAAAUAUUGUUGGCAAAAGAAAAGAAAAAAUUCUGUUCCAUGAUUUGUAUUGUUUCUUUUCUAAAUAAAGAUCAAUUAACUUUGUUCU